UGGACCACGGAUAGGGAUCCUGGGUCAAGUAAAAGUACGCAGACACGUAGGUACAUAGUCUAGCAGCCACUCAACCAAUAAGCGCUUAAACUCAACCACAAGCCGUGACGCCUGGAUUGGCAUGCUCCACUCCUCUCCUCUCCUCUCUAUAUAUCCCCAUUCCUCUCCCACCACAAAAAAGAAAAAACACACAGCUCUCUCAUCUUAUAAUUAAUCUUCAUUCAUAAUCUCUCUCCCUCUCUCUCUCUCGCUCGCCAAGUGUUUGACGAAAUAGAAGCAAAACAGGGUAAGAGCCCAGGAUCGACAAGUUGUAGACAUCACGGCUAAACACAGGAUAUCCCGGGGACUAGUCCAUGUCCAUUCCGUGCGUAGCAAGGGUAUUUCUGUCAUAACCACUACUGAAACCAACCCCUUGCCGCACGGUGGUCGUGGUGCCUUGCCUUCUGAAGGCGGCAGUCCCUCCGACCUCCUCUUUCUCGCCGGCGGUGGUUCCCUCUCUCCCUUGUCCUCUUUUUCUUAGCUUUCCAAUUUCUCUACGUAUUCCUUGCCUUGGUUAGAUCUAUUUGCCUUUGGGUUCGUAUUUGAUAGAUUAUACAUAUAUAAAUAUUUCGAAGUCAAACAAUAUUAAGAAGAAUUUAAGAAGAAGAUGUUGAGGAUUAAGAGGGUUCCCACCGUCGUCUCUAAUUACCAAAAGGAAGACGGGGAAGAAGCCUCCCGCCAAACCACCGGAGGUUGUGGCCGGAAUUGUCUCAACAACUGUUGCCUUCCAGGCUCAAAGCUGCCUUUGUAUGCUUUUAAGAAGGAGACUGCCAAGGAAUUGGCUGCUGAGGAGAUUAAGCAGCAGCCGCAGCAGCCUCCGGUUGCUUUCCUCGAAUCCCUCCUCCUUGGGGAGUGGGAGGACCGUAUGCAGAAGGGCCUUUUCCGCUAUGAUGUCACUGCCUGUCAAACCAAGGUGAUCCCUGGAGACCAUGGAUUCAUUGCUCAGCUUAACGAGGGCCGCCACCUCAAAAAGAGGCCAACUGAGUUUAGAGUCGACAAGGUGCUGCAGCCUUUUGAUGGAUCCAAAUUCAACUUUACUAAAGUUGGGCAGGAAGAGGUCAUCUUCCAGUUUGAAGCAAGCGAGGAUGGUGAAAUUCAGUUCUUUCCAAAUGCCCCGAUUGAUGUUGCCAACUCCCCUAGUGUUGUUGCCAUUAAUGUCAGUCCCAUUGAAUACGGGCAUGUACUUCUUAUCCCUCGUGUUCUUGAGUGCUUACCACAAAGGAUUGACCAUGAAAGCCUCUUGCUGGCGCUUUACAUGGCAGCAGAAGCAGGGAGUCCAUACUUCCGUCUGGGAUACAAUAGCCUGGGGGCAUUUGCUACCAUUAAUCACCUUCACUUCCAGGCAUACUACCUGGCUGUCCCCUUCCCAAUAGAGAAAACGAGCACUAAGAAUAUCACAACUCUAAGUGGUGGGAUUGAAAUCUCCCAGCUAUUGAAUUAUCCUGUCAGAGGUCUUGUGUUUGAGGGUUCAAGUCUGGAGAAUUUGUCAGCAGCAGUUGCAGACGCUUGCAUAUGCCUUCAGAUUAAUAACAUACCUUACAAUGUCCUCAUCUCUGACUCUGGAAGGCGCAUCUUUCUCCUACCACAGUGUUAUGCUGAGAAACAAGCUCUUGGGGAAGUGAGUUCUGAACUAUUGGACACCCAAGUGAAUCCCGCAGUUUGGGAAAUUAGUGGACAUAUGGUGUUGAAAAGAAAAGAGGACUAUGACGAGGCAUCCGAGGAAAAUGCUUGGAGGCUUCUUGCUGAGGUCUCUCUCUCCGAAGAGAGAUUCCAGGAAGUGAAAGAUAUCAUCUUUGAGGCAAUCACUUGUGCUGUUGAUGAAUGUUUGGUCACCACUCGUAGCUCUGAUGAGGACCAAGACGUUGAGGGCCGAUCUCAUGAAAAAACCGUGAACCUUGCAAUUGUGCCAGGGAAGCCAGAAUGCCUUGUGCAGAAUUAAGAAUUUGGCAUUAAAGUAGUAUUCAUGCAUUUAAACUUCACGUAUGGGGAGUUUCAGUGAGUUUCUCGGUGAAACUAUCCUCUAGAUAAAAUAAAGCAAAAUAUUAUUGCUUUGUGGCUGCUGCCAACUACAUACAUGUAAUAUCUGAAUCUGUUUUUCUGGUUUUCUCCUUGGUUGAUAUGUAAGAUAAUAUGUAAUAUCGACCAUGUCUUGCUCUCAUGAGCGGCUUGUCAAUUUAAGUGGGUUAGCAUUGUAA